AUGUCCAACAAUUCCCAAUCUUCUGGUGGUCAGUUUCGACCAAUGGCUCAUCAACCAGGGCAACCAUUUAUGCCUGUAGCUUCCCAACAGUUCCACCCUGUUGGACAAGGCGUUCCCUCUUCCAAUAUUGGGUUACAUCCUGCUCAGGGGCAGCAGCAGCAUUAUUCUCAACCAAUGCAUCAGUUGCCUCCUUGGUCUGGUCAGCAUGGGCAUUUGCCACCUUCAUCACAGGCUGUGCCAAUGCAGUAUAUGCAACAACAUAGACAUCUUACAGCUAGCUCCACACAGCCCCAGCAACCUGGUCACCCUAUAGGUAACCAUAUGCCUGUGGUGGGUGCUUCAGGGGUUCCUUUCUCUUCAACCUAUACUUUUGCCCCAUCUUUUGGCCAGCCACAGAAUACUCAUGUGCCAUCCCAAUACCAGCCAGUUCCUCAGGCCCACACAUCUGUUGCACCUGCUGGGGGUCAACCCUGGCUGCCCUCUGCUAGUCAUGGGGCACCACCUGUUGUCCCAGUCCAGCCAACUGGCCAACAACCUCCGGUCUCUUCUUCUGAUCCUGCAACAGAUGGCUCUAGCACGGGCCCACAAUCUGCACAGGAUUGGCAAGAGCAUACAGCUCCUGAUGGGAGGAGAUAUUAUUACAACAAGAUAACAAGGCAAUCUAGUUGGGAGAAGCCACUUGACUUGAUGACACCAUUGGAGAGAGCUGAUGCUUCCACCGUUUGGAAGGAGUUUACAACACCAGAGGGUAAAACAUAUUACUAUAACAAGGUUACAAAGCAGUCUAAGUGGUCUAUACCUGAGGAAUUGAAGUUAGCUCGUGAACAAGCUCAACAUGCUGCUGUCCAUGGGGCCCGGUUGGAAACAGAUGUGCCUUCUCAGGGAAUGUCUGCUGCCGCAGAAACUAUUAGUGAAACAGCUAAUGCAGCUAAUUCAACUAGUUCUGCCGUCUCUGUAUCUAUUGAAGUAGCUGCAAGCCCUAGCCCAGUGCCAGCGGCACUUGCUGGAGCUUCCCAAAUGACAUCUUCCGGACCAUCUGCUGCCGUUGCACAGUCCACCACAGCAUCUAAUGGUGCUAUCCCAAACUCUGCAGUGGCAAUGGAUUCUUUACCCCCUGAUGUUCUAGGAACUCCUGCUGCUGCUGCUGUUGUGAAUGCUAAGACAACAUUAUCGAGUAACUUUGAUAAUGCAUCAUCUCAAGGUAUUUCAAAUUCAGGGGAUGGAUCUUCACGCGAUAAUGAGGAAUCACCGAAGGGAAAAACAGCGCCAGCGAAAAGCAGUGAUUCCCUUUUAGAGGAGAAAGCUAAAGAGGAUGAACCACUAGUUUUUGCAAAUAAGCAGGAAGCAAAAAGUGCAUUCAAGGCCUUACUGGAAUCAGUGAAUGUUCAGUCUGAUUGGUCGUGGGAGCAGACAAUGAGAGAAAUUGUUAACGACAAAAGAUACGGUGCCUUAAGGACACUUGGAGAGCGGAAGCAAGCAUUUAAUGAGUAUCUGGGCCAAAGGAAGAAAAUAGAAGCCGAGGAGAGACGCGCGAGACAGAAAAAAGCUCGCGAGGAAUUUUCGAAGAUGCUGGAAGAGUCCACAGAACUUACAUCGUCCAUGAAGUGGAGCAAGGCGUUAAGCUUGUUUGAGAAUGAUGAGCGGUUUAAGGCUGUUGAGAAAGUCCGAGACCGGGAGGAUCUUUUUGACAACUACAUGGUAGAACUUGAAAGGAAGGAAAAGGAGAAGGCUGCAGAGGAGCAUAGAAGGAAUGUAUCAGAGUAUAGGAAGUUUUUGGAAUCUUGCGACUUCAUUAAGGUAAACAGCCAGUGGCGGAAAGUCCAAGAUCGAUUGGAGGAUGACGAGACAUGUCUGCGAAUUGAGAAACUUGAACGACUGCUCAUUUAUCAGGACUACAUUCGUGACUUGGAGAGAGAAGACGAGGAACAAAAGAAGGCAUAUAAGGAACAGCAGAGGCGGGCUGAACGGAAAAACCGAGACUCAUUUCGAAAAUUGUUGGAAGGACAUGUUGCAGCUGGUACUCUGACCGCCAGAACUCAUUGGCUGGAUUAUUGUUUGAAGGUAAAGGAUCUUCCUGAAUAUGAAGCUGUUGCAGCAAAUACCUCAGGGUCAACACCAAAAGAGCUAUUUGAGGAUGUGUAUGAAGACUUGGAGAAACAGUAUCACGAAGAUAAGACUCACAUAAAGGAUGCAAUGAAGUCAGCAAAGAUAAGCUUGAUUACGACUUGGACUUUUGAGGACUUCAAGACUGCUAUUGCCAAGGACAUUGAUUCUCAGUAUAUAUCAGAUAUAAACUUUGAGCUUGUAUAUGAGGAUUUAGUGGAGAGAGCCAAGGAGAAAGAAGAGAAAGAAGCUAAAAAGCGGCAGCGGCUUGCUGAUGAUUUUACAGAACUGUUGCAUUCAUAUAAGGAGAUCGUCGCAUCAUCUACCUGGGAGGAGUCAAAACCAUUGAUCGAAGAUAGCCAGCAGUACAGGGCAAUUGGGGAAGAGAGUUUGAGCAAAGAGAUUUUCGAGGAAUAUAUUGCACAUCUACAGGAAAAGGCUAAAGACAAGGAACGUAAGCGUGAAGAAGAAAAGGCGAGAAAGGAGAAAGAGAAAGAAGAGAAGGAGAGGCGGAAAGAUAAAGAGAAAGAGAGGAAGGAGAAGGAGAAGGAGAAAGAACGAGAAAGAGAAAAGGACAAGGGAAAAGAACGUAGUAUGAAAAAAGAGGACACAGAUAGUGAGAAUAUGGAUGCUGUUGUUAGUGAGAGUCAUGGGCACAAAGAUGAGAAGAAGAGAGGGGAUAAAGACAGCAGGAAACACAGGAAGAGACAUCAUCAGAGUAACAACGCUGCUGCUGAUGAUGACAUAAGCUCGGAUAAAGAUGAGAUAGAGGAACCAAGUAGUAGAAAAUCACGCAGACAUGGCAGUGAUCGUAGUAAAAGGUCCAGAAAGCGCUCAUACACACCCGAGUCAGACAGUGAGAGCCGGCACAAGAAGCAUAAGAAAGAGCGCAGUAGGAAUAGCGGUCAUGAUGAGCUGCUGGAGCUAGAAGAUGGAGAAGUUGGUGAGGAUGGAGAAAUUGGGUUGUAG